CUGGUCCACUACUAGAGAUUAAUGUGACCAAAAUCCACCCUACUUCCGGAAUCUGCGUUCCAUCACCUAACAGCCUCUGCGUUCCAGACUACUUCCGGAAUCUGCGUUCCAUCACCUUACAGUCAACACGUUCCACCCUACUUCCGGUAAAUGUCGCCUUACAGCCUGUGCGUUCCAACCUACUUCCGGUUUCUGCGUCCCAUCACCUUACAACCUGUGCGUUCCAACAUACUUCCGGUAUCUACGUUCCAUUGCCUCUGCGUUCCACACUACUUCCGGUAUCUGCGGUCAAGCGAUUCCUACCCACCCUCCCGUCAGUGCGUUUCACCCACAGGAAAAACGUUAAUAUCCGGUGCUGCAACUUCCGAGCACUGUAGAGAGUCCAGUCUUGCACCAAGAGACACUACAUCUGUGAGGAACCUUUGUCUUUAUUAUACGUCACACAUUCUGUAUUCUCACUGAUUAACUGAGGAUGGAUACGGAUAGGAGUCAGAAGACUGAGAUGAUAAUAAAUAUCACCAUGGAGAUCAUCUACCUGCUGACUGGAGAGGGUUACACGGUAGUGAGGACGACAUCCGGUAAGUUUGAGAUACCCCGCAGCUGUCCCCGUGUGUCAGGAAGACUGAGCAGAACCCAGAGCCCCAUCACGGUGCCUCCACCUCACUCACUGAUACAUGAGAGACACAAUAACCAGAAGAUCCUAGAACUCACCAACAAGAUCAUUCAGCUGCUGACUGGAGAGGAGGGGGAGUAUAUAGAGGAACACAGGGGUCUGUACAAGGACGUGAUGAUGGAGAAUCACCGGCCCCUCACAUCACUGGAUGUGCCCAGUAAUAGAGAUACCCCAGAGAGAUGUUCCCGUCCUCUGUAUUCCCAGGAUUGGACAGAGGAGAAUCACAGGAUCCCACAGGAGGAUCAGGGUGAAGAUAGGAGCAAUGUGACUGAUAUGAAGGCAGAAGAUAUAGAGGGAGAAGUAGAGACGUAUAUGAUUGAUAUGAAGGCAGAAGAUAUAGAGAGAGAAGAAGAAACGUAUGUGACUGAUAUGAAGGCAGAAGAUAUAGAGGGAGAAGAAGAGACGUAUGUGACUGAUAUGAAGGCAGAAGAUAUAGAGGGAGAAGAAGAGACGUAUGUGACUGAUAUGAAGGCAGAAGAUAUAGAGGGAGAAGAAGAGACGUAUGUGACUGAUAUGAAGGCAGAAGAUAUAGAGGGAGAAGAAGAGACGUAUGUGACUGAUAUAAAGGCAGAAGAUAUAGAGGGAGAAGAAGAGACGUAUGUGACUGAUAUGAAGGCAGAAGAUACAGAGGUAGAAGAAGAGACGUAUGUGGCUGAUAUGAAGGCAGAAGAUAUAGAGGGAGAAGAAGAGACGUGUGUGACUGAUAUGAAGGCAGAAGAUACAGAGGGAGAAGAAGAGACGUAUGUGAGGGGUGAUCUGCAGUGUAAGGAGGAGGAAAUCCCUACAGAUAUCAGCACAGAUGAAUGUAACAGAAGGAAUAUCUCGGAAGAAAAUCUAAUUUCAUCUUCAGGUUGUAAAAUAGAAGAUGAUGACAUCACACAAGAUUCUCCUGGAGAAACCCCUACUGCCCUACUCGUACCUCCUGUACCUCACAAUGUGCUUGUGUCAUGUGGUCCCUCUAAUCAGAGGGAAUGUUCUGAUAACACUGAUAUUGGGUCAUCUUCUACAGCUCUGACAGUAGAUAAAAUAUUUCCCUGUUCUAUAGAUGACAGAUGUUUUACACAGACCGCACAGCUUAUAACCAAUCAUCCAGCUAAGGGAGGUGAGAAACCAUUUCCAUGUUCGGAGUGUGGGAAAUGUUUUACCGAUAAAUCAAAUCUUGUUACACAUCAGAGAAGUCACACAGUUGACAAGCCAUUUCCAUGUUCUGAGUGUGGGAAAUGUUUUACACACAACUCACGUCUUGUAGCACAUCAGAGAAGUCACACAGGUGAGAGGCCAUUUCCAUGUUCUGAGUGUGGGAAAUGUUUUACACACAAAUCAGCUCUUGUUAAACAUCAGAGAAGUCACACUGGUGAGAAGCCAUUUCCAUGUUCUGAGUGUGGGAAAUGUUUUACAUACAACUCACGUCUUGUUAAACAUCAGAGAAGUCACACAGGUGAGAAACCAUUUCCAUGUUCUGAGUGUGGGAAAUGUUUUACCGAUAAAUCAAAUCUUGUUACACAUCAGAGAAGUCACACAGGUGAGAGGCCAUUUCCAUGUUCUGAGUGUGGGAAAUGUUUUACACACAAGUCACAUCUUGUUGCACAUCAGAGAAGUCACACAGGUGAGAAGCCAUUUCCAUGUUCUGAGUGUGGGAAAUGUUUUACAUACAACUCACGUCUUGUUAAACAUCAGAGAAGUCACACAGGUGAGAAACCAUUUCCAUGUUCUGAGUGUGGGAAAUGUUUUACCUAUAAAUCAUAUCUUGUUACACAUCAGAGAAGUCACACAGGUGAUAAACCAUUUCCAUGUUCUGAGUGUGGGAAAAGUUUUACCGAUAAAUCAAAUCUUGUUACACAUCAGAGAAGUCACACAGAUGACAAGCCAUUUCCAUGUUCUGAGUGUGGGAAAAGUUUUACACAGAAGUCACAUCUUGUUGCACAUCAGAGAAGUCACACAGGUGAGAAACCAUUUCCAUGUUCUGAGUGUGGGAAAUGUUUUAGAGAUAAAUCAUCUGUUGUUAGACAUCAGAAACUUCACACACAUGAGAAUGUGUAACAUGACAGUAAUCGAAUCUUGAUAAAACUAUACUUUAUUAACACUAUAUAAAAUUUGUAUAUAUGCAGAUGGAAAGUUAUUUAUCUUACAAAUAAAUCUAAUUUCUCACAUAUUUUUUGUUAAA